AUGGGCCGGGUUUCUGUCUUUGUACCGAACCCCUUGGGAAUUCCGAUGAGUAUGGCUGUUGCGGUCAUUAGCAGCUACCCUCCAGGAGCUGCACCCCUAGCAGUACAGAAGUCUGAGUUCCCUUUAAGGGAUUCAGCCUUGAGGAGAAGAAACCGGUCAGGAGUUUCAGGGAAGCUACCACAGUUCAGGGCCGACAACGAACUUGGGCUCCCUCUUCUGACUCAAGGCCGGCUGAGGAUACUAAAGAAGUCUCAACAAGAGGCUCUUCUCUACUCACCGCUAAGUUGGCCCAGACACCAAGAGGCUGGAAAGGUCUGCUCAGCAUGUGUCCUGGGGGCCAGGAGGCCAGAAGGCCAGAGGAAGGACUUCUUUUGGAGAAUUAUAAACACCUAUGCCACAGCUGAGUAUGUCAGCCCAUCUACAAUACCAAAAAUUGAUCUUUCCGUGCCGAUAGCACUCGCAAACACAGUGAACGUUCCUAAAACCCGCCGGACUUUCUGCAAGAAGUGUGGCAAGCACCAGCCUUACAAAGUGACACAGUACAAGAAGGGCAAAGAUUCUCUUUAUGCCCAGGGAAGGCGAUGUUAUGACAGGAAGCAGAGUGUCUAUGGUGGGCAGACUAAGCCGAUUAUCUGGAAAAAGGCUAAAACUACAAAGAAGAUUGUUCUGAGGCUUGAAUGUGUUGAGCCCAGUUGCAGAUCUAAGAGAAUGCUGGCUAUUAAGAGAUGCAAGCAUUUUGAACUGGGAGGAGAUAAGAAGAGAAAGGGCCAAGUGAUCCAGUUCUAAGCUUCAUAUUUUGUUAAUAUUAUGAAGACAAUAAAAUCUUGAGGUUAUGUUCACUUCAUUUGGUUGCAGUUGGUCUUUCAAGAGGGAAAUAAACUAGUGCCAUCAAUAAAAUUCCCCUUGUGGGGCAGUUUA